CUUGUUCCAGCUGGUUCGGUUAAUGAAAGAAAGAAAGAGUGAGACCGAGAGAGAGAGAGCCCCGCCCUUCCCCUGGCGUGAAACAAAAGUAGCCAGUCUCCUCUCACGCUCCCAGCCGCACCACAGCCUCCCAGUAUAGAGCCGCUGGUGCCAGCGUGUAAAUCGGUGGCCCCCCCAGAUAAAAUCAGUUGAGGUCUGCAGACCACUCCGCGACCGCCAGCAUCCGGCCGGGGCGGACCGAGCGCACCGAAGGCGUCCAUGUGUUGCGCGCUAAUCAAGUCAACACUCGACUCGGCUUUGUACGCGGAGCUGGACUUGUUUUGAGAAGCAUCUCUCGCAGGUUUUCGUCGGUCCGCUCUUUCAAGUGAACAUGCACGGAACCGACACGUUUGUGAGCCCCUUCCACAGACCGCGGUGUUUGGCGGCGGCGACGGCGGCGGGGGGGAAAACGAAAUUGACUCACCCGGGGAAGGCGAUUUUGGCAGGUGGUAUCGCAGGUGGCAUCGAGAUCUGCAUCACCUUCCCCACAGAGUAUGUUAAGACACAGUUACAGCUGGAUGAGAAAGCCAACCCACCCAAAUACAGGGGAAUAGGUGACUGUGUGAAACAGACUGUGCAGAGUCAUGGUAUCAGAGGACUCUACAGAGGCCUCAGCUCUCUUGUUUAUGGAUCCAUACCCAAAUCAGCAGUCAGGUUUGGUGUGUUUGAGCUUCUCAGUAACUCUGUGAGGGACGAGACAGGCCGGCUGGACAGCACCAAAGGCCUGCUGUGUGGGCUGGGAGCUGGGGUGAUGGAGGCUAUCGUGGUGGUGUGCCCCAUGGAAACCAUCAAGGUUAAGUUUAUCCAUGACCAGACGUCAGCCAACCCCAAGUACAGGGGCUUCUUCCAUGGAGUCCGAGAGAUCGUACGGACGCAAGGUUUGAGGGGGACGUACCAGGGCCUCACUGCCACCGUCCUCAAACAAGGCUCCAACCAGGCGAUCCGUUUCUAUGUCAUGACCUCUCUCAGAAACUGGUACAAAGGCGAUAACCCCGACAAGGCCAUUAAUCCUUUGGUGACCGGGCUGUUUGGAGCGGUAGCCGGAGCGGCCAGUGUGUUUGGGAACACGCCCCUGGAUGUCAUUAAGACCAGGAUGCAGGGUCUGGAGGCACAUAAAUAUAAAGGAACAGUCGACUGUGCUGUUAAAAUCCUAAAACACGAGGGUUUAUCUGCGUUUUAUAAGGGGACUGUUCCUCGGCUUGGUCGUGUGUGUCUGGAUGUGGCCAUAGUCUUCAUCAUCUACGAGGAGGUGGUGAAGAUCUUGAAUGCUGUGUGGAAGACGGACUGAGACAGAACUGCCAAAAGGAGGGCCGCCGUUUCCUGCCCGGCCCGCGGGCACAGAUCCAAGCUCGGCGCACCUUGUCGUUAUAACGUAACCUUAAGCCACGAGGUGGUGAAACACAAAACUGAACUUAGAUCAGUGUCCUCACACAACUUUGUAUGCUAACCGGGUAGUCAGAGAACCCACACAGAGAGCCUGCAGAAACGAAUGCAACCUAAACAUAGUGAGCGUAGUGUGUCUGUAUUAGUGUUGUCCCUGCCAGAGAUGUGCUGCGUGCACAAGUUAGCCGAUACUCGGCACUAACGCACCUGAGAUAACGUUCCCCCACCGGGUCAGGGUUAUGAAACCAGAUUUUAUUUGUAUGUUUACUCAUUCGCAGCUGUUGUGACGUUAAUUCCAAGCGUGCAGGUGUGUUGUCCUGAGUUAGCGCUGCUCUCGUUCUAUUUGUGUUCGUGCCUCAUGUGGCUUAUGGAAGAGCGAAGAGCCAGUUCACACCGACAUCGUCUGCAGGAACCUCCAUAACUAACACUAAGCCUUUAACAAAGAUGACUUGUUUUUAUGAUAUGCCAAUUAUUUUUAUAUAAUUCAGAUUCCAAUUUAGUUUACUACCAACAUUGUAGUUAUAUUGUAAAGUAUAUGUUUUGAAGAUGGGUAUUAUUUCUGUGCCAGGUGCCAAACCAAUUCUACCAGUCAGUUGUGCAGAGCGGGGGUGUUGUGAGGACGGGCCAAUGAUGUUAAUGAUGGGAGAGAAAAUAGUAUUAUAUAUGAUUCAGAUCACUUUGGGGUGGGGGGGAUACUUUAUUAAUUAUUUAUUUGUUGAAUGUUGAAUAUUUAUAUCGGAGACCGUUUGCUGUUCAGCGUUACAUAUCUUAAUGAGGUUUGGGUGCUAAAGUGUUUUCUUGAACAUUUUAAGGGGGAAAAAAAACCCCAACUUCCUGUAUCGUUGGCUGUGAUUGUUAAGUAAUGCCGCAGCAACUCCGCCGUACAGUCCACUUUGUCACGUCAGUGCUACUAUUCCAGCCCACGUCACCUUGUCGCCGCUGGCUCAUUAGCCCGCCGUGUCAUGACACAGCCGUGUGUUAUAACACACAACACCUGGCUGUGGCGCAGCUUCCCAUGUCGAGGUCAGCUUGCAAGCUGCAUGGCUCUCCAUUCCACAUACAUUACAUACAUUCCUGAAGCUUUUCUCGUCAGCCUGUUUAAAGCCCACGUUCGUCUUGUUUUACUUUGUGUUUUUCUGUGAGAUUGUUUGUAAUCACAGAGAAGCUGUGUUGUGUAACUGCUUCGCUCACGUGCCUAUGCCAUCCUGUUCUUUGGUGAUUGUUAACGCUUGCUUGAAUGUUUACCAUCGAUUUUAACUGAGGUCCAAUUGUGAUGUGUUUUUAUAACAACCAGUUGUUCUGUGUUGUGUGUGUUCUGUGCCACCACCAUGGGGGUGUGACGAGCCCUGGUACACAUCCUGCUGUGAAGAUCGUUGUAGAGUAAUGGAGGGUCGUUCCCCCUGGUGGUGAAGUGUGUCACUGUUAGGGGUUGGUUUAUGGUUUUUCUUCAGAAAUGUUUGCGCAAAUUCCUGUGAGAUGAUAAAUGGUACGGACAUGUGAUUUUUUUUUUUUUUUUUGGCCAUUGAUUGGAAGUUGUGUGCAAGUGCUACCCAAGAAAUGACCCCAAUCGGCCUGAUGGGGGCGCUAUGAUUAAAGAUUAACUUUCAA